AGUAUAACCAAUGUAAAUUGCAAAAAUCUAUGGUUACCAAGAUUGUAAACAAUUUUUGUUGUUCGCUGGGAAACAGGUAAAAAAUGAUUUAGUAAAAAUAACUGACGUAGAUAUUUUGUUUGAAUAUUAAAGUUGUUUAAAUACAUAAAUAUGAUGCCAAUAGAAAUAAAAUUGGAAUCAAAUGACGAACAAGAACAAGUAAAAGUUAAAAUAGAACCUGUAACUGAAAAUGACCUAAAACCAGAUAAUUCAAGUGUUGAUUUACCGGAAGAACUAUGUCCACAAGUUAAAAUAGAACCAUCGGCGUGUUCCUCAAGCGAAAAAGUGAUAAAAACUGAAAUAAAGUCGGAAUUAUACGGGGAUAUCGAUAUUAAGCAAUAUAACUUGGAUGUAUCCGAUAAUAUCGUAGAUAUUCACGAAGAAAACUUGAAUAUAUCGUUUGAAGAAUUGAAUGCAUUAAACGACGAUUUUACUAUAAUUGAAAACGAAACGACUGUGUACAAGUGUCAAAUAUGUGGAGACAUUUUCAUCAAGUAUCAAGAAUACAGAUUACAUAAAAAGAAUCAUUAUAUAGAAAAGAGAAGAUGCCACAUUUGCCAUAAAGUCCAACAGAGUCUCGGCGUGCUAGAAGAACACGUUAACAAGCAUCUGGGUCUCAAACCGUACAAAUGUGAAGAAUGUGACAAAUGUUUUGCUUCGAAGAACCAUCUUAGUUUACACAAAAGAUGCCACAAUACUAGCGAAAUUUAUAAAUGCGCGAAAUGCGGUAAGGAAUUUAGAACUAGUGCUUCGUUACGUAGUCACCGUUUUGUGCAUUAUGAGAAGAUAAUUGAAGUUUUUAAAUGCAAGGUUUGCGGUCACAGUUCAGUCGACGAAACCAAGCACAAACUCCACAUGUCGAUGCACGCGAAAAAAGCCGAAAUUAAAUGUGGAUUAUGUAACAAAGCUUUCAAUACCGAACGUGGUUUAGAGAGUCAUUUAAGUACUCACAAUGAAUUACAAUUUCCGUGUGAAUUUUGCGGUAAAAUAUACCCUUCGAUGUACAGGAUCAAGAGGCAUAUUAAAAGAGCUCAUGCGCCUUGCAAGUGCGAACAUUGCGGUCAGGUAUUUCAUGAUCGUUUUCUUUAUAAUAAGCAUAUUAAAGAACACAGCCAGCAAACCAAAUACGAAUGUGAAUACUGCCAGAAAGUUUUCGAAAAAGCCAAAAACUUAUCGGAACAUUUCCGUCUUCAGCACAAACAAGACGACGAGAAAAGAAAGUGCCCCAUUUGCGAAAAGGAAUUCAUCAAUAAGGCAUUAUUGAGAAACCACAUUAAAACUCACGAUAAAUGCUUCAAAUGUAAAGUUUGCGAUAAAGUUUUCUCAUCCAGAUAUAAUUUGGAAAUACAUACAAACACACAUUCCGGCGCUAAGAAUUUCAAGUGCGAUAUUUGUAAUAAUUAUUUUGCUAGCAAAACUAGUCUCAAAAAUCACAUCGCUACCCAUUCGGAAGAAAGGAAAUUUCAGUGCGAGAUUUGCGCUAAAACAUUCAAAACUUCGAGAAGAUUAUACACUCACAGCCAAAGUCAUGCUACAGAAGAAAAAUAUCAGUGCGAAAUUUGCCUUCAGAAAUUUAGAGUUAAACAGUACCUCAAAGCUCACAUGUACAGACAUUCCAAAGUAAAACCGUUUUCGUGCGAUGUUUGCCAAAAACGAUUCAAACAUAAAAAGACUAAAGAAAAACAUAUGCGUAUAGGAAAACAUCAACAAAAAGUUCCGGAAGGACAAGAAGAACACGAUUGCGAUUUUUGUGACGAAACUUUUUCGAGUAGAGACUUUUUACUCGAUCAUUUCGCCGCAGUUCAUCAUAACGAAAACGUAAUCAACGAAUGCGGUACAGAAGAAACUGACACUAAAGAAUUAAAUCACGUCGAUGGCGAUAAUGGCGAUGAGGUUAUGAAAACGGAAACAGACGCUGUGGUAUUUUAACAAAGUAAGUGAAAAAUUUACGCCAAAUGAAAAAAAAUUACGAUACAUUUCAAUAUAAACAUUUGAUUCAAUAAAAAUUAUUAAUUAUCGACUUGUAACUACCUCUUUGUUUUAUUAAAGAUGUGGAGUGUCUAGAUGUUAAUUGUAAAGUAGUUUCUUGGAAGUUUGUGGAUGAUUAACGAGGUUAAGGAUGUGUUUCGAUGAUAAUUCACAGCAUAUUGUUGUGGAUAGGUUAUGAUAUAAAUUUUAAGGUCCUAUUGUAUAUAAGACAAGUGUUGAGACUUGUUAUUAAUGUAGUAAUUUAUUAAAUAUGAUUAUUCAAUGUGAAAUAUGACAUUUAUAUUGAAGUGUGUGUUAUACGCAGCAAUUUUCGAGUUGGUAUAGAAUCUCAUUAACCGUGGAUACGAGGUGCAACGUGGAAUUAAUCUUUUUAGUUGAAGUGAAUAUUAAAUUUUACAAAGAAAUGUCGGUUCGUUUGGUGGAAUUUGAGGGAUGAGAGUUUUUGUACAGUUUUUAGUACGAAAUUUCGAGUGUUUAUUUGUAGCUUCAUAUUUGUCACUAUAUUUUUCAUUAUCGAGUCGAUUUGGGUGGAAAAAAAAGGAAAAAAUUGAAAACUUUUUGUGUUAGAUGAACUAUUAAUUAUUCUUAUAUAUUUUGAAACAAAGUAGUGGCGUAGGGGUGAAAGAGUUUCGGUUUUUUGACAUUUUAUAUUUUGACAUUAUGUUUAUGACGUAAUUUCGUUUUUAUUUCAAAGUAAUUUUGUAUAGCAAUAUGAAAAUGUGGCAUGUGAAAUUUGUUUGUUUAACCUAACCUCAAAAUUUAAGAAAAAACUCGAUUUUUGACGUUUUUUCGCACUAAAUUGAAUAGAUAUUCUAAAAAAAAUUGAUAUCAUAUCAGAAACAUUGAAAAAUCGUAUUGUUUUUGAAAAAUUUUGUAUUUUUGAAAAUUUAACAAAAAUUUCGACUUUUCUACCAAAUUUGAGAAAUCAAUUUCGAUAUUUUUGUAUAGAAAAAAAUGUUUUUUCCGUUUUUUUUCCAACCAGAAUCAACUAACCAGAAGUGGUGAAUGAGUAGAAAAAAGUUUCACAUUUCGAGGUUAUGUCUUCGACGUAAUAUCUUAAUUGUUGAAUGUACUUUAAAGUUUCAGCCUAUUGUUGUAGUUGAAAUUAAUAAAAACUCACCAUAAUGUAUCGCAAAAAAUUUAAAAACAAACAACUAAAUCAAUUUUAGCAAAAGAAAAUAAUUAACAUACGUCACAUCGAUAUACAUAACCUAAAAAAGCGAAUUUUUUUACUAUCCAAUCCCUUUUUGGUUUUAUUUUCAUAAAUUUUGUCUAUUUUCAUGGUUUUCUUCGAGUUUUUGUCUAUUUUCAUGGUUUUUCUUCGAAUUUUUGUCUAUUUUCAUGGUUUUUUUUCGAUAUUUGUUCAUUUUUUUGGUUUUUCUCCGAAUUUUUGUCUAUUUUCAUGGUUUUUCUUCGAUUUUUGUUUAUUUUUUUGGUUUUUCUUCGAAUUUUUGUCUAUUUCAAUGGGUUAUCUUCAAAUUUUGUCUAUUUUCAUGGUUUUUCUUGGAAUUUUUGUCUAUUUUCAUGGUUUUUCUUCGAAUUUUUGUCUAUUUUCAUGGUUUUUCUUCGAAUUUUUGUCUAUUUCAAUGGGUUAUCUUCAAAUUUUGUCUAUUUUCAUGGUUUUUCUUGCAAUUUUUGUCUAUUUUCAUGGUUUUUCUUCGAAUUUUGUUUAUUUUUUUGGUGUUUCUUUGAAUUUUUGUCUAUUUUCAUGAUUUUUCUUCGAUUUUUGUUCAUUUUUUUGGUUUUUCUUUGAAUUUUUGUCGAUUUUCAUGGUUUUUUUUUCGAAUUUUUGUCUAUUUUCAUGUUUUUUCUUUGAAUUUUUGUCUGUUUUCAUGGUUUUCUUCGAGUUUUUGUCUAUUUUAUGGUUUUUCUUCGAAUUUUUGUCUAUUUUCAUGGUUUUUCUUCGAUUUUUGUUUAUUUUUUUGGUUUUUCUUUGGAUUUUUGUCUAUUUUCAUGGUUUUUCUUCGAUUUUUGUUUAUUUUUUUGGUUUUUCUUCGAUUUUUGUUUAUUUUUUUGGUUUUUCUUUGAAUUUUUGUCUAAUUUCAUGGUUUUUCUCCGAUUUUUGUUUUUUGUGGUUUUUCUUUGAAUUUUUGUCUAUUUUCAUGGUUUUUUUCGUUUUUUGUUUAUUUUUUUGGUUUUUCUUUGAAUUUUUGUCUAUUUUCAUGGUUUUUCUUUGAAUUUUUGUCUAUUUUCAUGGUUUUUCCUUCGAUUUUUGUUUAUUUUUUUGGUUUUUCUCCGAAUUUUUGUCUAUUUUCAUGUUUUUUUUUUCGAUUUUUGUUUAUUUUUUUGGUUUUUCUUUGAAUUUUUGUCUAUUUUCAUGGUUUUUCUUUGAAUUUUUGUCUAUUUUCAUGGUUUUUCUUCGAUUUUUGUUUAUUUUUUUGGUUUUUCUUCGAUUUUUGUUUAUUUUUUUGGUUUUCUUUGAAUUUUUGUCUAUUUUCAUGGUUUUUCUUCGAUUUUUAUUAUUUUUUUGAUUUUUCUUUGAAUUUUUGUCUAUUUUCAUGGUUUUUUUUUCGUUUUUUGUUUAUUUUUUUGGUUUUUCUUUGAAUUUUUGUCUAUUUUCAUGGUUUUUUCUUUGAAUUUUUGUCUAUUUUCAUGGUUUUUUUUCGUUUUUUGUUUAUUUUUUUGGUUUUUCUUUGAAUUUUUGUCUAUUUUCAUGGUUUUUUUUCGUUUUUUGUUUAUUUUUUUGGUUUUUCUUUGAAUUUUUGUCUAUUUUCAUGGUUUUUCUUUGAAUUUUUGUCUAUUUUCAUGGUUUUUCUUCGAUUUUUGUUUAUUUUUUUGGUUUUUCUCCGAAUUUUUGUCUAUUUUCAUGUUUUUUUUUUCGAUUUUUGUUUAUUUUUUUGGUUUUUCUUUGAAUUUUUGUCUAUUUUCAUGGUUUUUUUUUCGAUAUUUGUUUAUUUUUUUGGUUUUUCUCCGAAUUUUUGUCUAUUUUCAUGUUUUUUUUUUUCGAUUUUUGUUUAUUUUUUUGGUUUUUCUUUGAAUUUUUGUCUAUUUUCAUGGUUUUUCUUUGAAUUUUUGUCUAUUUUCAUGGUUUUUCUUCGAUUUUUGUUUAUUUUUUUGGUUUUUCUUCGAUUUUUGUUUAUUUUUUUGGUUUUUCUUCGAUUUUUGUUUAUUUUUUUGGUUUUUCUUUGAAUUUUUGUCUAUUUUCAUGGUUUUUCUUUGAAUUUUUGUCUAUUUUCACAUUGAAUUUUUCAUAAUGAGUAAAUAUUAACUUACGUAGUUGUCAGAUUUUCCGGGAUUUCGUAUUUUCUGUUCUUGAAUAUCAAUAUUUUGGACUCGAGUUUUUUUCUUUUAAAAAUAUUUUCAGACGUAAUUUUUUUUUCACAAAGGUGUAAAUUUUUUUAGGAAAAUACGAUUCAUUUUUCUAGUAUUUAAUAUAAUGAUAGUUUUAAAGCUUGUAAAAGGUUAACCAAAUAAAACGAACAAAAUCUAGUAUUAGACCGCAUUUCAUCUAAUUAUUAUUUUCUAAUUGAUUCAGGUGUAAAAUAAAGCUGUAAUCACUUAAUUAACGUUUUUUUUUUAUAUAAUACCCUGAAAGUCAUAGUCCUA